ACGUCAAAUUGAAGCAACUGAUCACCAUCAGUCGCCAUUGUUAUAUUUUGCGAAUUUUGGAGGAGAAAGCUGAAACAAAUUAUGAUCAUGGCAGAAAAAUUGCCAGUGAAAAUUACUAAUAGCAAGCAAUUUGAGCGUUUGGUGCAUUUAAUGCAAUCCAACCCAGGAAUUGCAAGAGGAACACGGACAUUUGGACAAAACAAAAUCCAAAACGACGAACAAUGGGACGCUUUUGCUACGGAAAUAAAUAGUUUCGGCCCUCCAAAUAGAUCUAGAAAAGAGUGGCAGCGGGUAUGGAUUAACUACAAGGCCAAAACCAAGAAGAAAAUUAGUGCAAAUAACCGAAAUAUAAGAACGACUGGUGGAGGCCCAUCAGAGGAGCAAACGUUAUCUGCACUCGAGCAAGUGGUAGCAGAUAUUUUACACACAGACGUAAGUGUAAAUCCACCCGGCAAUGUGUUUGGUAUUGUGGAAAUGGACGAAGACGAACAAAACGUAGAGCCGUCAUGCAGUUCUUCGCCAAAUAUUUCGAUAACUGUUCCAAAAAAAAGGCAAAAAAAAAAUAUUGAAGAAAUGAAAGUGGACAUGUUAAAGUCGAAAACUUUAAAUAACUCGGCUAUAGCACAAAAUUUAAAAAAAAAAUAGAAAAAAAUACAUACAAAAUGAGCAAAUAUGCUGAACAAAAUCAUGAUUUAAAAAAAGAAAAAUUUGAACUAUUAAAAGAAAAUAUGAAUUUAGAGGCGGAACUUAAACGAAAGAAAAUUCAACUUAACGAAUACCAAUUAAACAAUAUGUAAUUUUAAAGAUUCAAUCAGGCAGGUUCUGCAAUUCACUUGUUGCUAUCGCAGCAACACUUCGACAUUCAUCACACGUCGGCAACUUGCUAUAUCGAUCCGAAAAUUGUUGCUAACUGGUUACAGAAUCUUCCUACAGGUUGUGCUUCAAAAUAUCACCUAAAAGCCAUGUGUUUUCUCCUGCGUUAUUCGACAUAAUUUCCUUGAGUCUACCAUUAUUCCAUAUGAAGGCAUCAUGUGUGGCUCCUGGAUAUCUGGCAUCGACAUACGUUAUGUUCAUAUUGAAAUCGCAAACCUAGGUAAUAAGGAAUUUGUGUGUAUCCAAGAUAAAUAUGCGGAAACUAACUUACCAUUAACGCGUUUAUACUGAAAAAUCCUUUUCUGUUUAUGUACAGGUGUUGCAGUUCCUUUUCAGGUGAUAAAAUGUGCACAUGAGUGCCAUCCACACAACCCAACACACCUGGAAAUCCACUCUUAUUGUAAAAAUUUGUUUUGCUUUUAUUCUGCUCUUCUUCGCAAGUGUCAAAUUUGAUGUGCUUGGGACAAAUCUUCUGCUCGAUUAAAGAAGUAACUUCAGUUAGUAUUACUGACAUAGUGGGUUGGGAGAUGCCAAUAUUGAAAUCAUUCCCUUGGCAUUUUUGAUAACUCCCUUCCGCAAAGAAACGGAGCACUGCGCAGAGUUUAAGAAUUGGAGGUACCGCAGUUGAUCGAAAGCUGCUUUUGAAAUGAGGGGAUAGUUCCUCCAACAAAUAUACAAAUGCUUCCUUUGAUAUCCGAAAAUUGCUUACGAACCUGGAGGUAUAGAUUUGUUAAAGAAAUAUGUACAUGACAAUUUGUUUAACUUACUUAACAACUGGUAGAUCCAAAGGAUUGGAGCGAUCCCUUAUGUGACGCCGU